AUGCACAGAUACACACAUACGUAAAAAACUUUAGUAAAUUACAAAUUAAAUCAUUUGAGCAACUUUGAAAUUAAGAAAAGCAACUUUGAAUUGUUUUCACACCUUAUUAUACCUUUCUCUUGCUUUCUUGCACCAAAAGCUGUUCAACAGUAACCUCUCACACACCACUUCUUCUUCUUCUUCAAAUCAUGCUCCUCCUCCGUUCUCACUCUUCUCUCUCUAAAUCUCUCCCAUGGGUUAUCUCUCUUCUUGCAACUGCGAAUCCGCCGUUGCGAUCUGUGAUUCCUACAACUGGAACCCUCGUCGACGAUCGAAACGUCAUCAUCCUCCAAAAAUCCGAAUUUUCAGCUACGACGAACUCGCUGCUGCUACAAACGGCUUCUCCGCCGGAAACUUCCUAGGAAAAGGAAGCCACGGCAGAGUUUACAAAGCCGUUCUUGACAACGGAAAGCUUCUCACUGCCGUCAAGAGAACAAUCCUCACCACAACCACAACAACCGGCGGUCACAAUAGUACUAACAACGUGAAUCAAGCGGACAACGAGAUCGAGAUCCUAACACGAGUUCGUCACCGUUGGAUGGUCAACUUAAUCGGUUACUGCGUUGACCACCGGAGAAAAACGAAACUCUUAGUCGUCGAUUACAUGCCUAACGGUACACUUUACGAUCAGUUACAUUCUCGUUGUUCGUUACAUCCACCGCUCAGUUGGAACCGGAGAACCAAACACGCGCUCCAGAUCGCGUCUGUACUCCACGCUCUUCACGCCGCGGAGACUCCAGUGAUCCACCGCGACAUUAAAUCGUCGAACAUCCUCAUCGACGGCGACGGUAACGCUAGGUUAGCAGAUUUCGGAUUAGCCUUGAUCGGAAACGUCGACGACGAGCGCUUGAAAUGUACACCGCCGGCGGGAACGCUGGGGUAUUUAGAUCCGUCGUAUUUAGUUCCGGCGGAUCUAACGGCGAAGACCGAUGUUUUCAGCUUUGGGAUAUUGUUGUUGGAGAUGAUCAGCGGUAGAGAAGCCAUUGAUUUGAGUUAUAGUCCGUCGUGUAUCGUUGAUUGGGCGGUUCCGUUGAUAAAACGCGGCGAGUUCGCCGCGGUUUGUGAUCCGAAGAUUAAGAACCGUCCUUACUCCGCCGUGAUUCGGAAACUUGCGGUGUUGGCUGCGAGGUGUGUUAGAUCGACGGCGAAGAAGCGUCCCGAUAUGUUAGAGGUUGUGGAGUGUUUGAAAACGGUGAGGAAGCUAUCUCAGGCUUCUCCGUCGUGGAAUCGUCUGCGGCGGGGGAGUGAAGAAAUAUCGGAAAACGUUUUCGCGGUUGAGGAAGAAAUGAAGGAAGAGAUCCAUGUGAGGAUCGUGAGAGGAGGAAGCAGCAGGAAGAACCGUAAGGAUAGUAAUGUAUUACACGAGAGAAUAGUUUCGGAGGAGGAGACGUUGCUUUCUCCGCCGCCGCAGCUUCGUCGUCGGAAUUUUGUACUGAGGUCGAGAUCAGUGGGAGCGAAAGUUGGACCUGAUCCAAACGAAGACAUUGGAGAUAACGAGACGGUGGCGACACUCAGAGUUCUUAUCGAGGAAGAAAGACCGGUGACGACGAUGGCGGCGGCGGAGAUGAGGCUGCGCAAGUCGAGGUCGGUGGGGAUUGUACGUAGUAACAAAACGGCGUCGCGGAAGAGAUAUUAAAUGUGUUUUUUUUUUUAAAAAAGUCAGCUAUAUUGUUUGACCGUUGCCUGAAUUUUUUUUUUUUCACAAAUCAAUUAUAUUGAUAUAAAAAAAGUGUUUACAAAAUACACAAACAUUCCCAUACAACCAUUGUACGCAAAUAUAUGAAAUUGAUCCAAUUUUAGUGAAGAAGUGGAACUAACCCUGCUGUUAUUUAGUCUUAUAGAUAACAGAUAAAAUCUCUGAAGUCCCCUUUCACACAC